AUGAAUAGGAAAAGCGAGUUUGGUGGGUUUAAGUUUCCAAAGAAGAUGUUUGAAAUUGAUCCAGACACAGGAAAAAUAAUUCCCCUGCCGCUAAACUUCGAAAGUGAUGAAACAGAUAAUUUAGAUAAGGUGGAUAAAAAGAGCAGCAACUUUAGUAAACUUGAACCUUUGGACUUCAACAAAUUAAGAAUGGAAAUAGAAGAAUCUGAACGUCAAAGUAAAAAAAGGAAAAUAGAUGCACCAAAUAGCGCUAAAAGACUUUUUACUUCAAUGGGACGGCAAACAGAUGAAGCACUAGUUAAUAAAAGAAGAUCUAAAAAUGUGGCGAUACCAAGAAAGAGUAAAAUACUACAAAAUCCAUCAUGUUCUCCGUUAUUAGAUAUGGAAGAAGUUGAAAAAGAUAUUUUAACUAAUAAAAAAACUCUAGGAAAUGUCCCGUUUAAACCUAUAGUAAAACAAAAUAAAAAAGUUACAAAUAGCAAACACGGUAGACAUACAUCAAAAAAGACUGAGUUAGAUCCUAAAUAUGCUAUAGAUAAAUGUAAAAAUAUCCCUGAGAUUCAGACAAAUUCUUCAGAUGAACCUGAGACUGACGACGCAAUGAAAGAUGAACCUAAAACUCCCGAUUCCAGCCGGGAAUUCCAUAAAUUAGAACUUAUUUGUAACGAUUCUCCAAUUACUAAUAUGUGCAACUUGAUGCAAGACACGGUGAUAAACAGUAUUAAAAAACCAAAACUUAAUAAUAAUUCUAAUUCAAACUUAACAGUAUGCAUUAAUAAUAUUGAAAAUAUAAUAAGAAACGAAGAAUUAAGUCACCAACAAUCCAUCGCUCAAUUAAAUCAGGCCAUACGAAACGAAAAAUUAACACACCAACAAUCUAUCGCUCAAUUAAAUAAUGUAUUACAAACUUUAAAGUCAUUAGUACCAGAUGAAAACCAUGAUAAAGAGAAUCAAAACUCGUCAGCCAAUAGACGUUCCGAAAGAUUGUUAAAAACUACCCCACUCAAAAAUACAAAGCUCUUGACAUCUCCUGCCAUAUUAAGAAGUGACGAUCUCAGAAAGAGUACUUUAAAAAAGAAUAUGGUUGCUAAAAAUCCAUAUUGUAAACAAAGUCCUCGAGUGCAAAAAGCUUUGGAACUUUAUAAUUCCUUACGAUCUCACGCUUCGGUUUUAGAAACGCCUAGAAGCGAUAGAAAAAAUUCUAAUUUGAGUUCUAGGAUCCAGUCACAGUGUCUUUUGUUACAAGAUACUCCAGUACAUCAUAAGUAA